AUUAAGACCCAUAGGAGUGUGUGUUGGCUGGAACAUGCAUUAUACCCUUUUGUGAUGUGUGGGGUAUAGGUCUGUGUACAUUAUCAUGUGCUGGGAGCUCAGUAACUGAAUCGGGAGGGGAGAUGGUGCUAAGUGUUGACUAAUCACUAGUACUUAGUAUAUUAUAGUAGGGAUGACACGGGUUGUAUUGAAAUUGGUUUUGUGUGUGCAGUGUCCGUUUGACGGUUGCCCCUGGAGAUUUGCCACGCCUUACAAGCUUCGCCGACACAUCAAGAGCCACACGAAGGAGACACCUUUCGUGUGCAAAGAGUGUGGAAGAGGAUUCAGUGUUCGCUACAACCUCCUGAUGCACAUACAGACCAUUCACAGUCAGCCGCAGAAGUUCAAGUGCCCCAUGCCAGGCUGCAAGGAGGCCUUCCACACACAGCCGCGACUCAACGGCCAUCUUCGCAGAGUCCACAAGAAAGACUGGAAGACAAUGCAACUUCCUAAGCCUGAGACGGAGAGUAAGCAGACGGCCAGCGGAGAAGGAGGAGGAGGGAGCAGGAGUAGCAGCACUAGUAGUGAUGACUCUGUGGACACAGCACCAAAGACUCAGAGCAGGUUUGAGUGCGUGCAGUGCACAGCGCCUUCUCGUCUCAGAGCCAAACUUACCGCUCGCACUCCUGAGUCUCACUCCACUCAAACUGUCGUUCAGUGCCACCGUCCAGAGAUGUACACAGCGCGUUCCCCACCAGGAGAAGAGCUGAGGAGCACACGGAGAUCCACAAACAGCAGCCGAAUCAGUCUGCUGUCCGCACGAGAACUGCAACCGCGUGUUUCUGCGCUAGGCCCACCUCAAGAACCACCUCAAGUCCACGCCACACAACUACUGUGUGUGCCCGUGAUGGACUGCCAACGAGAAGUUGCCUCGAGCAGACUCACAACGUUCACCCCAACACACACAUGACUACAGACACAAGUGCCAGGUGGCCGGCUGUGACACGCCUCUCGCACUCGCAAGCGACUGGAGCUCCACUGUCGGUCAUGCAUGGAGUGAGCUACAGAGUCACCAAUCCCUCCUCCCAGUGGCACUCGGUCAUGGCACUCCCCUCAUCCCGCCGCCUCACUCCCACCACCAGCAGCCUCACUCUCCCCCCACCAACCACUCCCCUCUCCUCGCCCCCGGAUGCCCACUCACCCACGGCAACAGCAACGGUGGAAACAACUUCUUCAACAUGGAGGACGGAAUCUGCGAGGUCGACCUCCCCGGACUCAGCCCCGACGAAAUCGAGACAAUUCUCUCGGAGAACUCCCACUGGACGUCCGGGGAGCAGUUCAAGAAUUUCUUCCACUCUGCCGUGGAGUUGAGUGAGAUGGAGGCCAAGCUGUUCUCGGCCAGCGGCUAUGAGUCCGACAGCGGAUACUCCACGUACGACGUCAGCCCCAUCACCAGCUCCGCCCCGCUCCAGUUCGGUGGUUGUCGUCCCGAAGUCUCGACAGGCUACCGCUCCAUAUCCCCGGCACUCACCCCCGUCAACCCCAGCACCUACAUUAGCCUCUCGUCAAGCAACCCUUUCCAGUUCGGUGCCGGCGGACACCCUCCGAUGCACAUGUCUCUACACUCAACCGCCAACAGCGGGAACAGUGGGACUGGACACACCCCCACCACCCCUCUCCCUCCCUCAGCCACCAGUCCCGAUGGAGAUUUUGCCUUCUUCCCGCCCGCUACCCCCUCUUACCACCACCACCCGACAGGCCCUGCCAUCAUACCCCCCACCAGGGAGACGGCGGCGUACAUGAUUCCCGGCGGCCACAACGGAUUCCCCAUGCCACCGACGACACCGCAGCACCACCAGAGAGAGUUCCAUCUCACACAGUUCCCCACAGCCGGAGUCCUCCCCGAGCUGAGACAACAGCAACAACCAGAAUCGUACGAUAUCGAUUUCCCAGACAUUCUCAACGAGACCUCGACGGCCGGUUCCGGCCAGGUUCAGUGCAGUGGUG